CACGGUGAGCCCAGUCUGCGCUGCGGCUGCUGCUAGGCUAACGGGCUUCGAGCUGCGUCGUCUGUCCGCCCUGACCUAAGGCCUCCCCCGCACGUGGUUUCUGCUACAGAACCUGAGACCAUGGCCAAAACAGCACAGGGCACGAUGUACCGAGGCUCCAUCCAUGACUUCCCAGACUUUGAUGCAAAUCAGGAUGCUGAGGCUUUGUAUACAGCCAUGAAAGGCUUCGGCAGUGACAAGGAGUCCAUACUGGAGCUGAUCACCUCCCGCAGCAACAAGCAGAGGCAGGAGAUCUGCCAGAGUUACAAGUCCCUCUAUGGCAAGGACCUCAUCGCAGACUUGAAGUAUGAGUUGACAGGGAAGUUUGAGCGGCUGAUCGUGAACCUCAUGAGGCCGCUUGCCUAUUGUGAUGCCAAAGAAAUCAAAGACGCCAUCUCGGGCGUUGGCACAGAUGAGAAGUGUCUCAUUGAGAUUUUGGCUUCCCGGACCAAUGAGCAGAUGCACCAGCUAGUGGCUGCAUACAAAGAUGCCUAUGAGCGAGAUCUGGAGUCUGACAUCAUUGGAGACACUUCCGGCCACUUCCAGAAGAUGCUGGUAGUGCUGCUCCAGGGAACCCGGGAGAAUGACGAUGUUGUGAGUGAGGACUUGGUCCAGCAGGAUGUCCAGGACCUGUACGAGGCGGGGGAACUGAAAUGGGGAACAGACGAGGCCCAGUUCAUCUAUAUCUUGGGAAACCGUAGCAAACAACACCUCCGAUUGGUGUUUGAUGAGUAUCUGAAGACCACAGGGAAGCCCAUCGAAGCCAGUAUCCGAGGGGAGCUGUCUGGAGACUUUGAGAAGCUGAUGUUGGCUGUGGUGAAGUGCAUCCGCAGUACCCCAGAAUACUUUGCUGAAAGGCUGUUCAAGGCCAUGAAGGGCCUGGGGACUCGAGACAACACCCUGAUCCGCAUCAUGGUCUCCAGGAGCGAGCUGGACAUGCUUGACAUUCGUGAGAUCUUCCGAACCAAGUAUGAGAAGUCUCUGUAUAGCAUGAUCAAGAAUGAUACCUCGGGCGAAUACAAGAAGGCUCUGUUGAAGCUGUGUGGAGGAGACGAUGAUGCGGCUGGCCAGUUCUUCCCGGAGGCAGCACAGGUGGCCUAUCAGAUGUGGGAACUUAGUGCAGUGUCCCGAGUCGAGCUGAGGGGUACUGUGUAUGCAGCCAAUGACUUCAACCCUGAUGCUGAUGCCAAGGCCCUGCGGAAAGCCAUGAAGGGAAUCGGAACCGAUGAAGCCACCAUCAUCGACAUCAUCACACACCGUAGCAAUGCCCAGCGGCAGCAGAUCCGACAGACCUUCAAAUCUCACUUUGGCCGGGAUUUAAUGGCUGACCUGAAGUCUGAGAUCUCGGGAGACCUGGCAAGGCUGAUCCUGGGUCUCAUGAUGCCCCCAGCCCAUUAUGAUGCUAAGCAGCUGAAGAAAGCUAUGGAGGGAGCUGGCACAGAUGAAAAGACUCUUAUUGAAAUCCUGGCUACUCGGACCAAUGCUGAAAUCCGGGCCAUCAAUGAGGCCUACAAGGAGGAUUAUCACAAGUCCCUGGAGGAUGCCCUGAGCUCAGACACAUCUGGCCACUUCAGGAGGAUCCUCAUUUCUCUGGCCACGGGAAAUCGCGAGGAAGGAGGAGAAAACCGAGACCAAGCCCGAGAAGAUGCUCAGGUUGCUGCUGAGAUCUUGGAAAUAGCAGACACUCCCAGCGGAGACAAAACGUCCUUGGAGACUCGCUUCAUGACGGUCCUGUGCACCCGUAGCUAUCCCCACCUCCGCAGAGUCUUCCAGGAGUUCAUCAAGAUGACCAACUAUGACAUAGAGCACGUCAUCAAGAAGGAGAUGUCUGGGGAUGUCAAGGACGCAUUUGUGGCCAUCGUCCAGAGUGUCAAGAACAAGCCUCUCUUCUUUGCUGACAAACUGUACAAGUCCAUGAAGGGUGCUGGCACAGAUGAGAAGACCCUCACCAGGGUGAUGGUCUCCCGGAGUGAGAUAGAUCUGUUAAACAUUCGGAGGGAAUUCAUUGAGAAAUACGACAAGUCUCUACACCAGGUCAUUGAGGGUGACACCUCUGGAGACUUCCUGAAGGCUUUACUUGCUCUCUGUGGUGGGGAGGACUAGAGCUACCCGUCUUAGCGGCCCCUCUGCCGAGUAGCAGCACCAGCCACCGUGACCUGACCAAGCCAUCGUUCCAGCUGCAGAGACUAAGGAAGGAGGGGUGAGGGGUGGAGCUGGACUACCAUUCAGCUGGGGCUCUCUCUAGCCAUGAAGGGUCCCUGGCGGUCCCUUCUGUUAUCCCUCCUGCUUGUGGCUGGAGAAUCACAAAUCACAGCCCUAUAUCACGCUCACCCCUGUUCCCCUCUACCUCCUCCUCAGCCCUCCCUAGCUUCUGUCCCUUGACAUAAUCCCUGCCCUGAUUCAAGCUUUGUCACAUCUCAAAACAUACCAAGCCUCUGUCUAUAAAAUGAGUGAUGUGUAUACUUUGGGGAAGGGGGGCUAUGGUGGCUGGUGCCAGGCAAGCAUUCUGGGAUAAAGGAGAUAGAUUAGUCUUCCCCCACUGCUAAAGCACUGAGGUAGGAACUUCCAUGCCCAGGUUUCACUUUGUGUCUACGAUACCCUGGGCUUCAGACCUUGGGCCCAUCCCUUCCCUUCUCUGGCCUCGGUUUUGUUAUUUACAAAAUGAGAGACCAAAAUAUCUUGGCUUCCCUUCUAACCCCGACCUUCUGGGCUGAGCCUGCAGCUUGAAUCUUAUUCUUUGUUUUACAAAGGGAAGAAACAGGGCGAAGGAGAUCAUUCACGUAAGCAAGUUCUGUGCAAGCGUGAGGACCUGAAUUCACUCUCCAAAACCCAUAUAAAAAAGCUGGGUACCCGCAAAGCACAGUGGUGCGCGCCUUUAAAGCCAGCACUAAGGAGGCAGAGGCAGGCGGAGCUCUGUGGGUUCAAGGCCAGCCUGGUCUACACAGCAAGGUCAGGCCAGCCAGGGAUCUACAGAAAGACCCUACGUGAAAACAAGUAUAUAUUGUGUAUUUAUAACCCCAGUGCCGAAAGAUGGAGACUGGAGGACCAUGGACCUUCACCUCCUCCUGCCUCUUGGGAAGAUACGGCGUGGGAGCUUGCUGUAAACCCGGCAAGUCCCAGCCUCCCUGGGCUUCUGGUCCCCCGUCCUUGCUCCCUGAAUGCCCUCCCCUUACAACCAACCCGUACUUCCUCUCUGACAUCCUCAAGGACACAUGCCAUUAGUAGAUCUUCUAGAGCAGUGGGCGGGCAGAGAUAAGCCACAGGGCUCAGCAGCAGCUUCUCUGUCCAUCUUCCCCGAGCCACCUUCUGUUCUGCACUUGGAUCUGAGAUUUUUCAGGGACUGUAAUGGGAGGCUGUCUAUUUGGCUGGCCCAUGGAGGUUAUUGCACUCAGGGUGUUGAUGGUAGAAGCUGUCCACGUGGACAAUUGGGAGAUUCUGAGUCUGGUCUUUUGUCAUUCCCUUACUGGGUGACCUUGCAGCCAUUAUCCAUUGACCUCACUGGGCCUCAGUUUUCCCAUUUGUGUAGUGAAGGGUUGGAUACAUGAGUCUGAAACAACAACAGCAAAACCCCAUUUACUUGUCAGAUCUCUUCCCUUCUUCCAACAGGCAGGAGUCCAGGUGCCUUGGAGGGUCAGCUAAGAGUGUUUUGAGGUAUUUGCCCAAUUUAAUAAUUAGCAAAAUGGCUAAUGGUUUUUGGAGUCAGAUUUUUUAUCAGUGUUGUGAACUGCAGCCUCUUUGAACCUCCGUUUGCUUGCCUGUCACAUGGGCCCCCAGUUCUUCUCAGCCUUUGUGGGAAGCCAGUGAGACAGUCCCUGAAGCGGUUCACCGAGCACCUACGUGGCAUGAAGGCAGCAGUUGUCACCCUCUGCCUUGAGCCAGGCUCAGUGGCAGGAGCUAAGAACUGAUUCCAUGAUGUCUCUGAGUUUGAACCUCAAGAAGUGGGGCAGCCUUGGAUCAUAGAGACACCCAAGCCGAGGAAGAAAGACGCCCUAAUAGACAUGUGUAAAGCUGCUUACUAUGGCCAGCUCUGAUCUCAGAACUUAGGAAGCCGAGGCAGGAGGUGAGCCUAGGCUCUAUACCAAGACCCCCAUCUUAAAAUAGAAAUGGAGCUGAAGGGAUGGUUCAGCAGGUAAUGGGGUGUGUGUGUGUGUGUGUGUGUGUGUGUGUGUGUGUGUGUGUGUAUUUGUGAAAACCUAAAUCCAAAUCUCCAACAUAUGAUAAAAAAAAAAAUAAAAGCUGUGUAUGGGGGCUGGGAGAGAUGGCUCAGUGGUUAGGAACAAUGGCUGCUUCUCAAAACCAGCUAGAAUUUCAGUUCCAGCAGAGCCAAUGCCCUCUUCUGUCUUCAGACCCCAAGCAUGAAGUGGUACGUGAACACACACAGGCAAAACCCUCCUACACAAGAAAUAAAAAUAAUGUUUUACAAAGCA